AGAAUCAGAAAUACUAAUUCUCAGAUUGAAUCGAAACGAAAUUCAACAAUAAAACAGAAAGGAUAUCGAUUUUUCAUUGAAGCUCUUAGUAGUUGUAGCAAUGACUCUUCAAGCCACUUCCUGUAAUCUUGGAGGCAUUUCGUUUGUAUUCUCCACCCCCAGGAAGACCUCCAGCCGCCGCCGCCGCCCUUUGAUCCGAGCUCAGUUGGAACCGUCGGAGAAGUCUGUGGAAAUAAUGAGGAAAUUCUCGGAGCAGUAUGCUCGGAAGUCUGGAACGUAUUUCUGUAUGGAUAAGGGGGUGACUUCGGUUGUUAUUAAGGGAUUAGCUGAACACAAGGAUACAUUGGGAGCACCACUUUGCCCUUGCAGGCAUUAUGAUGAUAAGGCUGCUGAGGUAGGGCAGGGUUUUUGGAACUGCCCAUGUGUUCCCAUGAGAGAAAGGAAGGAGUGUCAUUGCAUGCUUUUCCUCACACCCGAUAAUGAUUUUGCUGGAAAAGAUCAGGUAGUACCACUUAUGUAAAUUAGUAAGUCUUUGCACAAUAGAUUGCUUUAAGUGUACAUUCUUUAAAGUUUUAUGAUAUAAUCAUACUGAUUUUGCAUUGGUUCUUGUCAACUUUUGAAGAAAAUUAGCUUUACUAGGUAGUUGUAGUUGUAGUUGUUGACUCUAGGUGUGAGCGUUUUUUUGUGAGGCAUCCAAAUUUGCAAUAAUGAGUUGGAAACUUCCAACUUCCAAGAGGAAAAGAACAGUUACAAAAUAGAAAUUGUUAAAAAGUUUUCUUUGUGUAUUAUUGUUUCAAUAACUGAUGCAUUUUUUAACUCUUACACACCCCAUAUACUUUUCCUUUCCAUGUUUUUCCUUUCCAUGCAGACCAUUACCUUUGAAGAAAUCAGGGAAACUACAGCCAACAUGUAAUGCUUGAUGUACUCACAUACACGAGCCAUCACUUGUCUUUGGCACAAAAGGAAGAAAAGGUGCUUAAAUUUAUAGCAACAAAUUUCCAAUUCUUAUGUACUUAACAUCUUUGAUGUGCCAUCGGUAACAUUUUUGUACAUUAUAGUUAUUUUACUUUCUAUGUCCUAUUCCUUCUUUCCUUGUAAGGCACAUCAAUUCUCACAAAAUCUUUUAAAUUUUCUAUAAAAUAAUUAUUUUAUG